AUGGCUGCGCUGAGCCAGGGUGUGAAGGGCCUGGUGGCCCUGAUCACUGGGGGCGCCUCGGGCCUCGGGCUGGCCACGGCGGAGCGGCUGGUGGGGCAGGGCGCCAGAGCCGUGCUCCUGGACUUGCCCUGCUCCAAAGGGGAGGCGCAGGCCCAGCGGCUGGGGGAGAGAUGCGCCUUCGCCCCAACCGACAUCACCUCCGAGUCGGACGUGCGGGCGGCUCUGGCGCUGGCGAAGGGCACCUUCGGCCGCGUGGACGUGGCCGUCAACUGCGCGGGCAUCGCCGUGUCCUUCAAGACCUACGACCCGAAGCAGAGCCGGGUCCACCCGCUGGAGGACUUCCAAGAGGUCGUCCACGUGAACCUCAUCGGCACCUUCAACGUGGUCCGCCUGGUGGCGGGGGAGAUGGCCCUGAACGCCCCGGACGCGGAGGGCCAGCGCGGGGUCAUCGUCAACACGGCCAGCGUGGCGGCCUUCGAGGGCCAGGUGGGCCUGGCCGCCUACGCCGCCUCCAAGGGGGGCCUGGUGGGCAUGACGCUGCCCAUCGCCCGCGACCUGGCGCCCCUGGGCAUCCGCGUCGUCACCAUCGCCCCUGGGGCAUUCAACACCCCGAUGUUGUCCACGAUCCCCGAGAAGGCAUGCGAGUUCCUGGCCAGCCAGGUGCCCUUCCCGCAACGCCUGGGCCACCCCGCCGAGUACGCGCACCUGGUGCAGUCCGUCAUCGAGAACCCCUUCAUCAAUGGCGAGGUCAUCCGGCUGGAUGGCGCCAUCCGCCUGCAGCCCUGA